AUGCAGGAAGAUAAGACAUAUUUACUAUUGUUAGAAGAUGGUACACAGGCAACCUUUAUACCUGGUCAGCAAAGCAAGGAAUUCUUUUCGCUGUGCCGAUAUAGAGAAGAACUUGGGAAGGAUUACCAGAGGAUUUGCAUGUAUCUCUGCACAGAGAAAGACUAUAACAUCUCUGAAGGAGUAUAUGAGGUUUCUGGGAAAGAGAAUGACAGUAGACCAGAUGAUGCUCGACUAAUAACACAGGAAUUUGAUGAAAAUACAGGAACCAUUGUGGAAGAUAUAAUAGAUGAUUAUACGCAAUCUAGAAAGCUUAGAAGAAAAGAAUCAACUACAAGAACAGAAAGACAGGGAACAUCAACAUGUUCCGUUUCUGCAUGCACUAAUAUGCCUGGUCCAUCAGGUGCAUACGAUAAAAAUGAGAUUAAGAAGUUUGUCACAUAUCUGACACAGAAGAUACUCAAAAGUUAUCGGUUAUCGGUUGAAGAAACUAGGUAUUUUGUUUGUGUCAAAGGAGGACUCAAGCACAAAUCCUUCAGCCCGUUUAACAAAAUUUCUGUUAAAUUCACUGAUGAUGAGGGCUCUUCAGAAGGUGCUGUUGAUGAAGGUGGCCCAAUGCGGGAAAUGUUGACUUUGACUAUGAACCAUAUUGUAGGAUCCCAUCUGUUAGAUGUACAUAGAACUGAGACAGUAAAACCGACAACAGAAGAUCUUCCUGUUGAUUCUGCAGUGAAAGAAGAUUUGCAAAAACUGAGGAAUGUUAAUGUUGAAGAGGCAAACAGUAUUAUAUGUGAAACGCUAAAAAAACUACUAGAACUUGCAGGUACAUGGAAGCACAUUCAAAGUGAAGAUGACAAGGAAAACGUUAUUUGGGACAUUAACAAAUGGUACCUAUUUGGGAGAACAAAAACAGCAGUAGACCAAUUCAAGAUUGGUCCCUCUACCCUUGGUGUAUUGGCAGCAAUCCAAGAGUAUCCCUUUGUCUUCAAGCCAUCAUUUUGUUAUGAGGCUGAACCACUUACUGCUGCGACAUUUGCAGUAUCCGAGAAGGUUGUUAUUACAAGAAGUGAAAAUGAAUCAAAUGCAUAUAAUGUAGAAAGCAGAGUACUUGCCCACUGGGCAGAUUUUCUACAAGAUGAUGAAUAG